AUGUCCAAAGUAUGUUCAAUAAGUUUUGUCCAACCCGUCAACCUAGAGAAAUUCUACGAGUUUGAAACCCUCGGAAUCCAAGCCCCCCAAUGUCAUUGUCCACAGAUAGCUAUGUCACCUGACGACAGAAAAGCCAUCGAGUUAAUGGAGAACUCCUGUAAGCAGCAAGGAGGGAGAUAUAUCAUUGGACUUCCUUGGAAGAAAGAUAAAAAUCUUUUGCCUAACAAUUAUUCACUCGCUGAGAAAAGAUUGUUUUCGCUGGAAAGAAGCCUGAAAAGAAACGAUGUUAAGGCUAGUUUGUACAACCAAGUCAUGAAUGAGUACGAAAGAAACGGUUGGUCGCGUCAGUUGUCACAAGAAGAAGAAGCCAAAGAUAAAUCAUCGCCGGACAUGGCCAGUUACGUUAUGAUCAAGAUCGCGAACGAAAAUGAGUCCCAAUGUCCUCGAGCUGCCGUGAUUCUCAAACGUGAUCGGUACAUGGAUGAUCUUAUUCAUUCAACAAGCACGCAGGAAGCAGAGAAAUCCAAAGGCGAAGUCGAUGACGUGUUAGCUACGGGAAGUUUUAAGAUAAAGGAAUGGUUUGUUUCGUCGUCCGUUCAAGAAAUGCAAGCUGAGAACGUUUCUAGUUCGGAAGAAGAAAAUCAUGAUUUCAAAGAUAACGUGAUAGGUGUAAAUAGUGAAUGUACAACGACAAAGAAUGUCAACCUAGACGGCGAAGAAGGAAUCAAAACCUUAGGAGUCAAUUGGAAUCCACAGACUGACAAAUUCAGUUUCUCAGUAAAGGAAAUAAAGAUAGAAACGUUAACGAAGAGAACAGUUCUGUCGAGGAUUUCACGUUUGUUUGAUCCACUUGGAUUGGCUUCUGUAGUAACUAUCAAAGCAAGAGUUGCUCUCCAAGAAAUCUGGAAAGCAAAGAAGUAUGACUGGGACGACCCACUGCCUGAAGAAAUGCACACUUUAUGGUACAAACUUUUCCGAGAGUUAGAAAGUUUAAACACAAUUACAAUUCCGCGUUGUUUACGUCCUGAUGAAAUUUGUGGUCCAUCCGAGCUGCAUGUAUUCGCUGAUGCCAGUGCCACAGCGUAUGGAGCGGUUGCAUAUCUUCUCUGGCCCACCACAGAAGGUCCUAAAGUUAAUCUCAUCGCCUCGAGAGUAAGAGUUGCUCCUUUACGUCAGGCAACCAUUCCACGGUUAGAGCUUAUGGCAGCACUGGUUGCUUCAAGAUUGGCAAGUACCAUUUACAACGAGUUUAAAACGAAGCCAGCUGUAGUUAAACUGUGGUCCGAUUCGAAGAUCGUUUUGCAUUGGUUACGAGCAGAUUCUGCAUUGUUGAAGGCAUUCGUUGGAGUUCGAGUAGCUGAAAUUCAGUCAACAUGGGAAUCAAGUCAUUGGCGUUAUGUUCCUUCUGCUCUGAAUCCUGCCGAUGAUUUAAGUCGAGGAAUUGAUGUUAAAAAUAUGUAUGAUCGAUGGUUCCAAGGACCAGCGUUCCUGCAAUUGCCAAACAGCGAGUGGCCAAGCGAAAGUGUGGAGACCAUUCAGAAUGAUCCAGAAAGAAAGAAACCCAAGAUCCUGGGGAGUUUCAAUCCUGAUAUCCAGUGCAUAGAUCCAAAAAACUUUUCAAAUUGGCAACGAUUGGUCAGAAUUACAGCUUACUGCAAGCGUUUUGGUCAUAAUGCUCAACUAAGCGCACGAGACAAGUCGGAGUUAAAGUCGGGUCCUCUCCAACCUAGCGAAAUAAAUGAUGCCAAAGAAUUUUGGAUUCGUAAAGUACAGAGCACGUUGAUUGAUUGGAAAGAUCGUUACAAGGAUCUUGCGCCCUUUGUCGAAAACGAUAUCAUCCGCGUUGGUGGUAGACUAAAGAGAGCGUCCCUUCCCUACGAUCAAGCACAUCCCAUAUUGCUACCCGGAAACCACCACAUAUCGAAAUUGAUAAUGGACGAAUUUCACGAGAAAGUGUGCCAUGCUGGCUGCGAAAGAACCCUCUCUGAGAGUAGACGUGAAUAUUGGAUCAUGAGUGGACGGCGUAUAGUUAAAAAGACAAUCAAGAAUUGCUUAGUGUGUCGUAAGUUUCGUCAACGACCUCACACCACUUUGAUGGCUGAUCUUCCGCAAGAGAGAGUGAAACCGUUUUCUCCACCAUUUACUGUAACUGGAGUGGACUUGUUCGGUCCGUUUAAUCUUAAAGUUUCACGAAAUAAGAGUGUCAAAGCCUGGGGUGCUAUAUUUACCUGUGCGACAGUUCGAGCCAUUCACCUAGAAAUCGUAGAGAGUACGUCAGCUGAAGCCUUUCUUCAUGCACUGCGACGUUUUGCUUCACAUCAUGGCUGGCCAAGCACGAUAAUCUCCGAUAACGGGACGUCAUUUGUUGGUGCUGAGAGAUUGUUGAGAGAAUUGGUUGUAAAGGAGAGAAAGAAACUUGAAGAUUUCGCAACACUCUACCAACUUCGUUGGAUAUUCACGACACCAAGGAGCCCUCAUCAAGGUGGAAUAUACGAGAGCCUGAUAAAGCAAGUUAAGAGUGCCAUUCGAAUCGUAGUUGGAAAUCAGAAUCUAACUUGGAAUGAAAUGAGCACGGUUUUCGCUGAAGUUAAGUCUCUGAUAAAUGGAAGACCUUUAGGAUACCCUUCGAACGAUCCCAACGACUUACAACCCCUUACCCCUAACCAUUUCCUUAUCGGUAGAGCAUCGAACAGUGUUCCUCACGGAUCGUUUGAGAGAUCUGAGAUUUUGAGUCGAAGAUUCGAGUUUAUCCAGAGCCUUGUACAGCAGUUCUGGCAAAGAUUCAUACGAGAAUAUCUACCGACGUUGCAGAAACGAGCAAAAUGGCGAUUGAAAGAACGACAGAUGAAAGUUGGAGAUUUGGUCCUGAUGGUGGAUUACGAGACACCAAGAGGAAAAUGGAAGUUAGGUCGACUUGAAGAAGUUUACCCUGGGAAAGAUGGUGUGGUAAGAAAUGUGUUAGUGAAAACUCAGCAUGGUCAAUACAAAAGGUCUGUGCAAAAGUUAUGUGUUUUAAUAGAAGCUAGUUAGACGAACAUUCAUGAACUGUGGCCCCGGAGGGUUGGUGUAAAUAGCGAGCAACAUUUGACAUUUGACAUUUGAUAUAGUUAGUAUUAAGUUCUGUUAUGGUUUAUAUAGACAUUUAAGUGAUGACAUUUUUGAGUGACAUUAUAGGCGUUAGUUGUAUCAGUAUUUUGUAAGAGAGACACGCGAGAGUAAAGAGACGGUUUAAAGGACGGAUAGUUAGAGAGAUUAACGUAAAGUUGUAGUCAGAGUCAAGUCCUGCAGGGAUCUACCCUUCAGGUACAGAUGUUUAAUUGUUUUAUAUGUUAUAUUUGUAGUAUUGUGUUAUUAGUCAAUUUUACCAUGUUAUGUCGCGAAAAUAUGAUUGGCAUGCAUGUGUUUUAGCCUUUAUACUUAUACUAGGUAACUUUCAUUUUGUAUAGAAUAUAUUAUCUCAUUAAAUAUUAAAAGAAAUCCCUGUUCGACUCAGUAAACCAGUCAGUGCCAACCACAUGGUCUCCAAAGUCUUCGAACGUUGCGUCUACAACCGACUCGUAUCACCAACCUCGUUCCCAGGGCUUUUCCCUUUUUGUCGUUGGGAAGGCGGGAAAAGGCCCUGGCACCGGCCGGUCUUCUAUGUAUUCCGAUUGGUCAAUGAGAAGUACAUUAUUAUGCAAAUGAUGCAAUCUUGGAUUAAUUUAUUUAAACUUUGGGAUAAAUUAACAUUUUCACGCAAGCAGUCAGGGGUGUCAUAGGAGUGUCAUUAUUAAAAUACUUUGUCCGUCUAAGAAAUAUUUUUGGCAAAAUCUGUGGCAAAAUAGUUAAAUUCGAUAAGAUUUAUACACAAUAUAUCGAAGGUUAGUACUAUUGUUUGUUUUAAACUGUGAGAAAUCGAGAGAGAAGAUUAAUUGUGUGCUAGAACACACCUCUGAGGCUCUGACCGAGUAUUUAGGGUAAUGUUUAUAUUCAUAAAACUAAAGUCUGGGUUUAUAAACUGAAACAUAACCUUUAUUAGUUUUUGAUAUUCUUCAUAGUGGAGUUUAAAUUGGCCUAAUUUAUAGUUAGUUACCACUAGAAAUGCGACAAUAUUUUGUUAUAUCAUAUAUGCAACAGUGUUUACAACUUUUGAAUAAUAUGUGACUUGGUUUUGUUUCAGAUACUAUUACUUUUUGCUUCAUUUUACCAUAAGUUGUGUUAAAAAAGUGAUUUGCUAAUUUGGCUGAUGUUACAGUUUUCUGAUGUGUUUUGUUUGGAUGAUAGUAGAAUAAUUUCAAUAUGAAAGUGCAGGUGUCUUUAGACAUGAGCCAUAAUGUAUAUAUCAAAAUACUGAUAAAAUCCGUUUCUAGCUUGAUUGUACUUGCAUUGUUGCAGACAAAGUUGUGCAAUGGUGGGCUUAUGUCACAUACUCGUAUGCAGGGACGCCGGAACGAUAAUGAGGCAAAGGGGGGCGGACGCACAUCAAGGGCACCUCUAUGGAGCAAAACUUCAAAAUCUACCUGAAAAGGGGGUCAAAAAGGGGUCAAAAAAUUUUUCCGGACAUACCAAAAUUUUUCGUGAAGUCAAAAAAUUUUCCCCAUAUCUUAAAUUUUUGCCAUUUCUUCAAAAUAUUUUUCUAAAUUCCAAAAAUUUUCAAAAAUUUUUAGAAAUAUAAACUAUAAAUUACCUGAAUCUCAUGAUUUUCCUACAAAAAGCAUCGUUGCAAACGUGAUUUAUCACGUAGAAUGUUACAACUAAAAGGGCACUUCUGCCCCCCCCUGUCCCCCCCUAGCAAAAGGCAAGGGGGGCAGUCGCCCUCCUGCCCCCCCCAGUUCCAGCGUCCCUGCUCGUAUGUAAUUCCAUGUGCAUGCUUGUACUUGCCUCAAGAGAUGCUUCGAAUGUGUAAUAAAGGGCUGUUCGCAGGAGUUGGGCUGUCUGGCCUUAAUUGCAUUGUUUUUAUGAUAUUUUAAGAUUGUAUUCAUAUGGCUGGACCAUCUUGCCAUUGCCACACUGUCUGAUGUUGAAACAGACUUUAAAAUCAGGUUACAAUGCAUGCUUGAAAAUAUGCAACAAUUUCACUGCUAAUAAUAUUCCAGAAAAUCCUGCCUCUUGGGCAGAUCUGGACUGAUUUUUCGGAGAGGCUUGGAGGUUUUCUACUUGUGAUCGGGCAAGGGGAGCUAGCCAAGGGUGCUGGGUCAGAGUCAAACUCAUGUGAACAGUUUCUAAGUCCUAAUUAUAUUGAUAAAUUAUGUACAUUUUGGGAUGGUAAUUAUUCCACAUUUUAUUUAAUAAAAUUUAAUUAUAUACAUUGUUUUUGUUAGAACUGCUCCCGAUUAAUCGAUUAUUUUUCCACAAUCGAUUAUGCUUAACGGUAAUCGAAUCAUCUAUAACACCACACAGCGUGAUGCGGGAAUGAGUUCAUUUCUUUCCGGGUUAAAAAAAAUUGCGACAAAAUUUUGAUUAAAACAUUAAAUGACAAAUUGAUUCAAAACAUAAUUGUGGGUCAAAUAUCAAUUUCACUCGCAGCGUGCAAAGUUUACCAUAGUCUGAUCGGAUUACCAGUGCUGUGAAAAUAUCUUUAAAGUUUUUUUUAUUACAAAAGCAUUGCGGCGUGUGGACAUAAACCAAUUAUCCAUAAGAGUCUGAGUCUCGCAAAUUUACUUAGGAAAACAACAAAAAGUAGGUAAACAACUAAAGUAAACAUCCUUAAUAUCGUUCCUGUCUUCUCAUGCAUGUCUCUUGUGUGAAGUGUAAGAGCGCGAGAAUGUCCGCAAUAUAUAAUUUGGUUAACGUUCUUUUUAAACGCAGAUUUAAAAUGUUUAUACUGACUGGUGAGUGGUGAAACCCGCAAAAAUUUAGUAAAGUUUAAUUACAAUUUAGAAACCUGUCAACCACCAUGGGCUUUUCAUAUUUAAAUUAAUUAUCAAUACGAUUAAUUGAUAUUAAUCGAUUGUUGACAACGAUUAAUCGAUUACGAAAAUUAACCGGUGGGAGCAGCUCUAGUUUUUGUUGUUUAUAUUAACACCUUGGACAGUGUAUAUUUACACCUUUGGACCCUGUAAAUAACACCUUUGGAGGGUGUACCCAUUCUAAGCGAAAGAUGUUUAAGAACAAUUAUCAAGGUAUUUGUAUGAUAAAAUAUAUUUAAACUGCUCUCCAUAUACAUGUAAUGCAUGGUUCAAUUCUUGCUUUUACCAAGUAAACCCAGGGACUUUCAAUGUCCCCCUCCUCCCGUAGAAUUCACUUGAAGUGACUGGGGCAAGGUAGCUAUAUAAGUAUAAGUAGGUAUGUAAAAGUCAAUUAAAAUUUACAAAUAGAGCUUUUUGAAUAUAGACCAUUGCAAAAUGUGUUUUAAUUUGUAUAGUGGCAAUGUUUAUGGAAUAAUUAUGCAUACUAGGAGCUUUUGGUUUUCAUCAUCUUUUGGUUUUCAUCACUUUUAGGAAUUGAAGUUCGAUCCUGUGGACAUUCGUUGA